ACACAAACAUCUGCUGGCAAAAAGGUUUCAUCUUCUUUUCAAAACAGACGUGUGUCGCUCACGGCGUGUGUUCCGGAACUUCUAGCCGACUACCUAUCCGGACAUCUUUUUGAAAAAUUUGAGUAAAAAGUGUUUUCUUGCUUCAAAUCAAUAAAAGGAAACCGUAAAAUACCAAGCAACAAUGUCGGGCUGUUGCUGUUGUUGCUGCUGCUGCGGCGGGUGAAAGUGCGUGGAAGCAGCUGAUGGAUGGAUGGACGGAUGGGGAGAAAACCGUCAGCGGAAGAAACGUCAAAUUUUUAUCAGAAACAGUGGCACUUUCAUUCAACCCUCUACGAAGUCAUCGUCAUUCGUCAUCCAGACACGAUUUUGAUUUUUGUGUGGUGGCCGAGGCAGCCAGUAAUUGGCAUUGAUUUUCGUCGAAUCUGCGAAGUUGGAAUUGCGGACACACGGCCCAGUGCGUACAGCAGCCUGACUCGGUAGGAUUGCAGCGCAGUUGUCUUUGUCUGCGUGACCAUUUGGAAAAGAGGGCGUCAUCUCGAAGGGAAGGAAGAUGUCGAACCCAUUCGAGGAACCGGACGAUCAUCGACCGCCGGCUUAUGGCGGCGGCGGAGGUUCAAGUACAUUUCUACUGCAUCCAUCGGACGACUCGGAAAUCCUGGAAGGUUUCCUCUGCCCGAUCUGCAAGUCGGAUCUGAAAACUCCGGAACGGCUGACGGCACACGUCGAGCAGCAGCACUCGGAAGAACAGGCUCUGCUGAAGUCGCUCAAGGAGAUAUACAGCUUGGCGAAGAAAAAGAUCCUCAAUUUGGAUGAAACGGCGACGGAUUUGGCGCGCAGUUUGGACAAUUCGUUGCAAGUGGUCGGUGGGAAACAAGAACGAGUACCAGUGGUGAAUCCGAUUCUAGUAGGCGACCAGCUGGUGGGGACGGAUUGUGACCACUCGAGCUACUUUAAGGCGGUGCGGAACCCGAGGUUGGAGAGGUAUGCUUCCGAGACGAACAAGUUGAUCAUACGACUGGACAAGCUGCUGGACGGAUUGCCCAGUGACGUGGACGCCCGGAAGAAGCACGAACAAAGCAAGGUGCCGUGGAUCGAUGGAAAGCUGGUGAAGCUGUGUCCGAGUUGUGCCAGGAGUUUCGGAUUGACCCGGAGGCAGCACCAUUGCCGGGUUUGCGGAUCGGUCAUGUGCGAUGGGUGUUCUUUCCAUUUGUCGUUUGAGGAGGCCCGGGCGAUUGUGCAACCGGUGAGCCCUGGAGGAGCGGACUCAGCCCGGGCAGUUCCGGCUGUUCAGGAAUCGUCACCAAAGGAUCACGACUCGUCCGGUUUUCGAGUCUGUGAGCACUGUUUGCACCUGCUGAUGAACCGAAAAGAGAUGCAAGACUCCCGGUCGGAUCGGCCACUGAUUACCAAACUUUACGAUAGGCUCCUCCAGGAGAAGAAGGACAUCGAACCGGACAUUCCAAUGUAUUCCAAGAUUAUUGGCAGCCUUUACGAGGGGGAUGCCAUCUAUCGACUCUCGGAUGCCAGCGCCCUGCGGGAGAAAAUUGGCCGCGCCGCCGAGCGCAUCGACAACGUCAGUAAAACGGUUCUGGCCAUUCCGUUCACGCAGGGCAGCCGAGAGGAAGCCCUCAAAAAAGCCAUCCGAUUAUCCUGCAUUUCCUUCAUCAAAGAGCGCAUGCUUUCCAUUCCACCGCUCCCGGUGGAGGAUGAAAUCAAGAAAAUCCAACUGCGCAAAAAGCAAGAAACGGCGCGACGGAUCGAACGGGAACGGAGACUGGCCCUGGAGGCGUACGAGCGGUACGAGUUGGAAUCCGGCGGCGGUACCACGGCCGGAACGUACAACGGCAGUUCCAGCUCGAGCACGGCCUCCACGGCGGAAAUGACAAACGGCCGGUUCUACGGACCCACCACGGUCACCGGGUCGGACAACUGGACCAGCCAGCAACCGGCCGGGAUAACGCUGUCCAGCAGUGCCGACCCGCUGGUCGAUCAGAUCAACAUCGUCAAGGGCUACAUCCGGCAGGCGAGGGAAGCGCUGCGCUUCGAGGAGGUGGAAACGUUGGAGCGCAAUCUGAGCGAGCUGACGCAGGAGUUCUACGAGCGGCAACGGCGGAGGGCGACAGCGACCGAGGCCGGUACCAGUGGGCAGUAGCGGCGGCGAAGGUGGAGAAGGAGGAGGAGAAGCAGGACGUUAUUAGGUAGGUCGAAAAUGAACACAAAAGUCUUUCAGUUUGCAAUGAAAUUCGAACAAACCGAGGUUGAAUCACAAGGUUUAUUAAAAGCGGCUGUGGUAGCAGUUCUUGAGCUACGUUCAAUGUCAGCCGGUGAAGAUGGAUAGGUUGCGAUUUUUUUCAAAAGAUCGAAAUAAGCGUUAAAAGUCAUACAAAUUGUGUUAACAAAGGUUUAGUCAGGAAUUGGUGCAGAUAUUUCUUCAGAAAUCCAUCAAGUAAAGUCUUCAGAUGUUAUCGUCAAAUUGGUGUGGUAGAAGGCGUCAAACUUUGGAUUGUUUCAGUUCAGGAUUAAACACGAGCUAGGCGAGUGAGUCUCCAGUUAGCCUAGUGGUUAAGGCUAUGGAUCGCCAAUCCGGAGACGGCGGGUUCGAUUCCCGUUCCGGUCGGGAAAAUUUUCUCGACUCCCUGGGCAUAGCGUAUCAUUGUACUUGCCUCACAAUAUACAAACUUCAUGCAAUGGCAGGCAAAGGAAGCCCUUCAAUUAAUAACUGUGGAAAUGCUCAAAGAACACUAGGUUGAAGCGAGGCAGGCCAAGUCCCUGUGGGGACGUAGAGCCAGAAAGAAGAAGAAGAAGCGAGUGAGUUUUCAAAAAACUAAUCUGCGUUGCUGAAAGGUUUCCGAAGAUCUAUUAGGCGGUGAUGUAAUUUAGGCCAAUGCUGUGGAAAACGAGUACGAGUGGUGGUAAAUACUGAAAAUUGUCAAAUCGAUUUGAACCAUGAGGAAUUGACUUACCAAACUCAUUCUGCAGUAUUCCUCCCUGGAGCCACCAACCAUGUUCACUACUACACGAAACGUUCGUUGAUCACGUCCUCUCGUGAUACACGAUCACAUCAGUCUCUUUUUAUGACAAAGGUAUUUAAUUGAACCAUGUUUAAUGGUAUCCCAUUCACAAUCGGUCUGUGGACCAAUUUUAUCUUUAAUUACGCUCGUCCAUAGUGGUAUGAAUAAGUAAAGUUCUACAGCAUCUUACAUUCACUUUAAUGUCACUCGAAUGCAAUCGAAAUGAGCUGUCUCACUCGCAACAGCUUUCACGCACUUUCCAAAACCAUUCCGAUUAGAUUCACAAAAAUAGUUUCGACUGCAGCUUCAAUCUUCAAGCGUAGCUAAACUGAUGAUCCGGGCAGAAGGUCUGUGGUGGUGGUGACUCCUCCAAGGAGCCACCAUUUUCAAAUCCAGAGCAACUGACGGAACGAGAUCUGUGGUGUCCUUGAUUAAACCGUUCCAGUAUUAAGUUUUCAGCGGCGUUAGUCAUUUAGUUAGCAUUUCAUUUUGAUUUGGUUGCCUUUUACUGAUCUCUGGUUUAUUCGCUUUGGUAUUCUCUGGGAUGGAUUAAGAGGAGAUUGUCUGUGUUUAACAUGUUUCAGUUUUCACAGGUUUUUGCCUGUAUUCAAGUUACAAUUUGCUAUUCUUCUGAUUCGGUCACUAAAUACAAGCAUGGUUCUAUGGAAUAGAACGCUGUGGACUUCACUUCAAGACCAUAGCCUUGUGCUUUCUUAAGUUGGAUACCUUCCAAUGAUCUUUCUAUUAAAUUUUUAUUUGAGUUUGAAAAUUUCUUCGUCCCCCCGAGAGGCUCUAGAGCUCUACGAAUCCUCGACAGACUCACACAAAAAAAAACUUUCUUCGUCUCCCCGAGGGAUUCUAUGCCUUUUUGAGAAAGAACGCUAUUAAACAAUAACGCUAUUAAGUACAAAGAUUAUAUGAGUUUCGGACUAAAAUCAACUGUUCAAUCGAAGCUACUGGGACUGACUAACUAAAAAGACUUCCAUCGGCCAAGCUGCUGACCUAUUUAUUGAUAAUUUUAUUAUUGUUUUGAUUUAUACAUUCCACAUCUGUGUUAUGACUUGAAGUUAUCACUGGAAAUAAUGAUACAUUGCCGGAUAAGUGCUGUUGCAUGUGCUUACGUGUGCGGUGCUCUGCUAGGGUGGUGCUAACUGGUGUAAAGCUUCGUCUGGAUUUUUGUAUCGCUCACGCUUCAGUCAAGUUGUUCACACUUUGGCUAAUUUGAACGCUCGAUUGCGUUCGCGUUUCUUCAGCAUGAAGUACAGAGUCAAUAGUAACUGAGUAGCCACUAUGCCCAAGAUCAAAUAAAUUAGUGUUUCGUGCUGCUGUAACAUUUCAGCAUGAUAUUCUUGGUUGUAGAUUAUUCGCACUUGAUGGUCCGCAUUAUGCGCUAUCUCUGACUUCGAACUUGUUUUACCCAUCUUCAACUAUUGGGUUUCACUAUAUGCACUUUUCACUUUUUUGAUUAUUGUCUCCGAAGAGUAUAGUCCAUUAUUUGCGAUAUCGUCCAACUGCUCGAAUUCGUAGUCUAUGGGGUUUUGGGUGUCAUUACCAAAGGUGAUCUCACUAACAUUAACCCUGUGAAAGUCGGUGUCACCCAUCUUCCAUUGAGUAAAAACUGAGGCCCUAAAUCCGGGGCACACUCAACCUUAGUACCACGUUGGAUUAACACUCUUGUCCGAGGGGUAAGAAACCAAGUUUGGGUAUUGUGAAUAACAGGUAAUUCGUUAUAGCACUCUGAAUCCAUUACUUUCGGAAUUACUGCCACUUCUCUGCACUUCGCAGCAUGCACCACCUCUCCUCUGACAACUGCUGUGUAUCCAGGAGAUUUAAAGUAUUGGUACGCAAAUUCUUUUGGAGACAGUAGUGCUAAUGUCAUCAUAUUUUCUGUUAUUCUAUUUUUCAUAUUUUGAGUUGAUAUAGUUCAAGAGAUACACAUCUUCUGAUCCAACAGGUUUACUUGGAGGAAAAUCUGGUGCAUCUCGUAGUAUGAUAGUUACAAAGAGUCGAGGGUGUUCAGUCGAAUAAGAAUUAAAAUCGCAGAUAGAUGUUACAAGUUGUGAACUAGCGGUAACAUUGAGGUGUUUGAGUUUGACUAACGUAAUUUUUGUUAGAUCCGAUAUCAAUUAAAAUUCUUAAUGUUUUACUACUUUUCUUAUGACCCAUGGGGUUCAACUCAAUCUUGUUAUUACUAUUUUCUUUCGGAGGUCGGUUCUCCAGUUUCCUUUUCUUUUGAAUGCUCUUCAGGGAUAUAUCCGCUGUCGGAGUUAUAUUCUUGGUCCUCGAGCUAAUAGAAAUCUUCGGGGUACUCGAAAUAUCCUUUUUCCUCAUUAGUUGUGAUAAUAUCCAGCCUAGAGCGUUUCAAUGAGUUAUAGUUGAUCUGUCCGCUUUUGAUAGAGUGAUCAACUUCCGUAGGCACUGGGUUUGAAUUUCUUACAGGAAUUGGUGGUCCGCUAUUGCUGACAGGUUGAUACCCUCCAAUGAUCUUUCUAUUAAAUUUUUAAUUGAGUUUGAAAAUUUCUUCGUCCCCCCGAGAGGCUCUAGAGCUUUACGAAUCCUUGAUAGACUCACACAAAAAAAAACAUUCUUCGUCCCCCCGAGGGAUUCUAUGGCUCUUCGAGAACGUUAUUAACACCGACCUUCGGGGUUAUUAUACGCCUGGCUUUACGAGCACUGUAAACGGCCCGCGGGAUGUUUUUUAUGACCGGAGUCCGCGCGUCGACUCUAGUACGAUCUCGCGGUGUUCACGCGAUCUUAUCGAUAGCUGGUAAACGCCAAUAGAGUUCAUUUUUCCAAUCUUCCCCUUCGGACUGACAGGCUGGGUGAUCCAGUACCUGCUGGCGGAAGGUUUGACUAGAGAACCGUGUCUAUUUAACAGUUAAGCACUGAUUCGUCGGAACGACACUCGCCAGGCGAGUAGUCCGCAACCGAAGGAGUCGAGUUGUCAACCGUUGGUGAUAACCUUAGUCUUGGACUUACCAGGAGUUCUUUCUAGAAGGACAAGUUGCUGCAACCCCUUGUUCCCAUCCUUCCGGGACGGGCCAGCUUUUUCAGGCCCACCCUUCCCAGCUUUCCGGGAACCCUGGCUGGGGUCCGACUUAUCGGUAUUGCUGCUGACCUUAGGGGUUAUUAUUCGCCUGGCUUUACGGACACCGCGUUGAGCUUUGAGGUGCUUGAGUUUUACUAACGUAUUUUUUGUUAGAUCCGGUAUCAAUUAAAAUUCUAAUUGUUUCACUACUUUUCCUAUUACCCAUGGGGUACUUAUGGUAUC